UUUUAAACUUGAAGGCGGGGCGGGUCCUGGAGCUUGGUGGGCGCCAUUGGGCUUCUGCGUUUUCCUGGGCUGCAGCGGGCGGGAUGGCGGAGGAGGCGGCGGUGGCGGUGUGCGUGCGGGUGCGGCCGCUCAACAGCAGAGAAGAAGAACUUGGAGAAGCCGCCCAUGUGUACUGGAAGACCGACAACAAUGCUAUUUAUCAGACUGAUGGGGGGAAAUCCUUCAGUUUUGAUCGUGUCUUUCAUAGUAAUGAAACCACUAAGAACGUGUAUGAAGAAAUCGCAGUGCCAAUCAUCAAUUCUGCUAUACAAGGCUACAAUGGUACUAUAUUUGCUUACGGGCAAACUGCAUCGGGAAAAACACAUACUAUGAUGGGUUCCGAAGACUGUUUGGGAGUUAUACCCAGAGCCAUUCAUGACAUUUUCCAGAGGAUUAAGAAGUUUCCUGAGAGAGAAUUUCUCCUACGGGUGUCUUACAUGGAGAUCUACAAUGAAACCAUUACAGACUUACUCUGUAAUGCUCAAAAAAUGAAACCUUUGAUAAUUCGGGAAGACAUCAAUAGGAAUGUCUAUGUUGCCGAUCUUACAGAAGAAGUGGUUUACACCGCGGAAAUGGCCUUGAAGUGGAUCACAACCGGCGAGAAGAACCGGCAUUAUGGAAUAACCAAAAUGAACCAGAGAAGCAGUCGCUCCCACACGAUUUUCAGGAUGAUUUUGGAAAGCAGAGAAAACGGUGAAUCUUCUAAUUGUGACGGGUCUAUCAAGGUGUCGCAUUUAAAUUUGGUUGAUCUUGCGGGCAGUGAACGAGCCGCUCAAACAGGAGCUGAAGGUGUGCGACUCAAGGAAGGCUGUAAUAUAAAUCGGAGUUUGUUUAUUUUGGGACAAGUGAUUAAGAAACUUAGUGAUGGACAAGUUGGUGGUUUCAUAAAUUACCGAGACAGCAAAUUAACACGAAUUCUUCAGAAUUCCUUGGGAGGAAAUGCAAAAACACGUAUCAUCUGCACAAUCACUCCAGUAUCCCUUGAUGAAACCCUGACCACUCUCCAGUUUGCUAGCACUGCUAAAUACAUGAAGAAUACUCCCUAUGUUAAUGAGGUGUCAAAUGAUGAAGCUCUCUUGAAAAGAUACAGAAAAGAAAUAGUGGACCUUAAAAAACAACUAGAGGAGGUAAAUACAAAGACUCGGGCACAGGAAAUGGAAAAGGAUCAACUGGCCCAGCUCCUGGAUGAAAAAGACUUGCUUCAGAAAGUGCAGGAUGAGAAAAUCCAGAACCUGAAGCGGAUGCUGGUGACGUCGUCUUCUAUUGCAUUGCAGCAGGAGCUGAAGGUUAAAAAGAAGCGAAGAGUUACUUGGUGCUAUGGCAAAAUUAACAAAAUGAAGAAUUCAAACUAUGUCAAUGAAUUUCAAGUCCCAACAAACGUAACAACAAGAGCACGCAAAACUUCUGUGACUCUUUUGAGAGAAAACUCUCUGAUGAGAUUGGGAGAGAAUGAUGAAUCACUGUCGUUUGAGUCUGAUGCGUUCAGUAACACUCUUGAUCCAUUGCCUGAGGUAGAGUGGAAUUCAGCAACAAAGCUGCUAAGCGAGGAAAACUUAGAAAGUGAGUUGAGCUCAGUUCAUGCUCAAUAUGAUGACCUAGUACUAGACUAUGAGCAACUAAGAAGAGAAAAUGAAGAACUGAAAUUGAAAUUAAAGGAAAAAAAUGACUUAGAAGAAUUUGAGGCGCUAGAAAGAAAAGCAGAGAAAGAUCAAGAGAUGCAACUAAUUCAUGAAAUUUCCAACUUAAAGAAUUUAGUUAAACAUGCAGAAGUAUAUAAUCAAGAUCUUGAGAACGAACUAAGUUCAAAAGUGGAGCUUCUUAAAGAAAAAGAGGAUCAGAUUAAGGACCUGCAGAAAUACAUAGAUGCCCAGAAGUCAGAAAAGAUGAAAAUGGACUUGUCAUACUCUUCGGAGCCCACUGAAGACCUGAAACAUGUGAUGCAAACGUUGUCUGAUAUGGACACUGUGGCCCUUGAUGCCAAGAGAGAGUCAGCCUUCCUUAGAAGUGAAAAUCUGAAGCUGAAGGAGAAAAUCAAUGAACUUUCAGAUUCUUGUAAGCAAAUGGAGAAUGACAUUCAGGUGUAUCAACGCCAACUGGAGGCAAAAAAGAAAAUGCAGGUUGAUCUAGAUAAGGAAUUGCAGUUUGCUUUUCAAGAAAUAUCAAAACUCACUGCCCUGGUAGACGGCAAAGGUUUGCUGUCAAAUUUGGAACUGGAGAAAAGGAUUACUGAUCUCCAAAGAGAACUGAAUAAAGAAGUUGAAGAAAAAGAAACUUUGCGAAAAGAAGUUAGCUUGCUCUCCGAGUUGAAAUCUUUACCCUCUGAGGUGGAAACACUGAGGAAAGAGCUGCAUGAGAAAUCUGAAGAGCUCUGUUUAAUAACUGCAGAAAGAGAAAACUUAUUUUCUGAAGUAGCUCAUAGAGACGGUAGGAUUCAAGGUUUACUUGAAGAAAUUGGAAACGCUAAAGAUGACCUUGCAGCUUCCCAGCUGAAUUACGAAAGCAGAGAUGAGGCAUGCCAAACAUUGAAAACCCUUCACGUGGAACUUGAGCAAAAAUAUGAAGUGCUCUUGGAGGAGAAGGAGAGGAUGAAGCAAGAAAUAGGAACUCUCUCUAAAGAAGCAGAAGACCUUGGUUUAAGUUUGGAUUCCUUGAAGGCCGAGCUUUCUCACAAGACUCAAGAGCUUCAGCAGAAAACCAGCGAGGGCCAAGAGAGGUUAAAUCAAAUGGCGGAACUGAGAGAGGAGUUAGAAAGCAGAGAAUCCAGCCUGCAGUCUGCAGAGAAGGAGAGGGCGCGGCUCACUGAGAAGCUUCAGCAAACCUUGGAAGAAGUAAGAGCCUUAACCCAAGAAAAGGAAGACCUGAAGCAACUCCAAGUAAGCCUGCAAACGGAGAGAGACCAACUCCGAAGUGACAUUCAGGACACUGUGAACAUGAAUGUAGAUACUCAAGAACAGUUACUAAAUGCUCUUGAGUCUUUGAAACAACACCAAGAAACAAUUAACAUGCUGAAAAUGAAAGCUGCUGAGGAAGUGUCUGAGAAUUUGCAAAUAAAGGACAGGGGAGGAAGUAGAGAUGAAGUUCAGCAGAAGGUGGAUGGCACAGAUGAACAACAGAGUCUGCCUGCUGAAAAUGCCCCGACAUUAAUUGCAGGUGGUAACGAUAAUGAGGUCACCGAGGAACAGAGGAAAAUACACUCUCUACUGCAGGAGAAUAGUGGACUCCAGCAAACACUGGAGAGUAUUAUUGCAGAAAGGGAACAAUUGAAGAUGGACCUAAAGGAAAAUAUCGAGAUGACUAUUGAAAACCAGGAAGAAUUAAGACUUCUUAGAGAUGAACUCAAAAGGCAGCAAGAGAUAGCUGCACGGGAGAAAGAUGAAGCCACCAAGAAGAGCGAGGAACUCUCCAGGGCGUGGGAGAGAUUAGCAGAAGUAGAGAGAGAGUUAAAGGAAAAGAACCAGAAACUCCAGGAAAAACAGCAGCUACUUCUUAGUACCCAAGAAGAUGUGAGUAGGAUGCAGGAAAAGAUGACUGAAAUGGAGAGCUUAAAGAAUGAAUUUAAGAACCAAGGAUUGGCAUUGGAACGCAUGGAAACAGAGAAACUUGAGUUGGCUCAGAAACUUCAUGAUAAUUGUGAGAAGAUAAAAUCUAUAACCAAAGAAAGAAAUGAUCUAAAGGAAUUGCAGGAAUCAUUUGAAAUAGAAAAAAGACAACUUAAAGAAUAUGCUACAGGCCUACAGACAGAACUAAACAUUGCUCACACACAUCUGAAAGAGCACCAAGACAUCAUCGACGAGCUAAGGAGCGUUUCUGAGAAAGAAGAUGAAAUAGCAAGCACUCAGGACACGGAAAAGGCUGAUGCCAAACUGCAAGGAAAGAUCCCAGAGCUCCAAGAACAAGAGCUGCUUCCUAAUGUGAAAGAAGUCAGAGAGAUUCCAGGAAAAGUGAAUGAACUGAAGCCAUUGGAAGAACACUCCAGAACAUUGGAUUCAGAGCCACCAGAGAACAUAGAAAGACUUGGGCUGACUGAGAAACUUCAGGAAGAGAUCAGAUGUCUCACUAAAGAGAGGGACGACCUGAAAACGGCAUUAGAAGCACUUCAUGUCGAAUGUGCCCAGCUGAGAGAAGAUGCCAGGAAAGCUUUGGCUAAACAUCUAGAAACUGAAGAGGAACUUAACGUUGCUCGUUGUUGCCUGAAAGAGCAAGAGAAAAAAAUUGACACACUAGGAGUGAGCCUCUCCCAGAAGGACACUGAGCUGUCAAGUAUUCGUGUACAGCUAGAGUCGGCCACUGAUGAACUAGAGAGAAAGGUUCAAGAACUUGAUGAGAAACAGGAACAACUUAAUAUAAAAGAAACUAGUGAGUCUCAAGAGAAAAUGAAAGAACUAGACAAAGUCAAGGCGCUUCUCCUAGCCAAGGACUCAGCACUACAAAGGAUGGAAAGUGACAGGCUCCAGUUGACUAAACAAGUAGAAGAAAGUCAAGAGGAAGUAAAAAUUCUAAUUAAGGAAAGAGAUGAACUGAGAAGAACACGAGAGGCUCUUCAUGUGGAAAUCGAACAACAGAAAGAAAACAUUAAAGAAAUUGGUGCUAAGCUCCAAGAACUUCAGGACAAAGAGCAUGAAUGUCUUGCAAUGGAGACUAUUAAUGAUACUCAAGGAAAUAGAUAUGAAGUGGAAUGCUUGAGCAAGCAGUUGGAGGACCAAAAGUCAACGCUGGAGAGGGUGGAAAUGCAGAAUGUAAACUUGACUCAAAGACUUCAUGAAACCCUUGAAGAAAUGGGAUCUGUAGCAAAAGAAAGAGAUGAGCUUAGGAGUGCGGAAGAGCGUCUCACAAUAGAGAGAGACCAGCUGAAGGAGAGCCUUAAAGAGACAGUAACUAGAGGUCUGGAAAAAGAGGAGGAGCUGAGAGUUGCUUGUGAGCAUCUGCAGGAGCACCAGGAGACUAUCCGCAAGCUCAGAGAGAGUGUGUCUGAUAAGGCAGAGGAAAUAUCACGUAUUCAAGGGGACUUAGUACAUGCACAUACUGCGCUAGAAACACAGAGCCAAGAACUCCAGGAAAAAGCACAUCAACUUUCUCAAGUGAAAGCUGAGCUCAGUGAAAGUAUAGAUCAAAUGGAGCAAUUGAAGAAGCAGCUAGAAGCCCAGAAUUCAACUCUGGAGAACAUAGAAAUAGAGAAGUUAAAAUUGACUCAACAAGUUUAUGAAAACCUUGAAGAAAUACGACUUGUUACAAAGGAAAAUGACGACCUAAAAAUUAUGGAUGAAGCCCUCAGAGUACAGCGAGACGAACUGAGGAAGAGUCUUCAGCAACUGGAAGCAAGUGAUCUAGAAAAGGAAGAGAAACUAAGAAUUGUUCACAUGGAUCUGAAAGAGCACCAAGAAACUAUUGACAAACUCAGAGGGAUUGUGUCCAAGAAGACAGAUGAAGUAUCAAGUAUGAAAAUGGAAUUGGAAGAUGCAAAUAUUAAAUUACAAGAAAAGAUUCAAGAACUUAAGGCAAAUGAACUUCAACUUGUUAAGUUAAAAGGAGACGCCAGUAAAGCACAGAAGCAACUCAAGGAACAGGGUUUAACUCUGAGUAAGAUAGAGAUGGAGAAUUUAAACCUGGCUCAGAAGCUUCACGAAAACCUUGAGGAAAUGAAAUCUGUAAUAAAAGAAAGAGACAGUCUAAAGAGAAUUGAGGAAAUGCUCAGGAUGGAGAAAGACCAGCUCGAGGAAAGCCUAAGGGACACCAUGGGAAAGAUCCAAGAACUUCAGGAAAAAGAGCUUCAGCUUCUUAAAGAGGAAGAAGAUGUCAGUAAAGUUUAUAAAGAAAUGAAGGCAAUUGAGCAGUUGAAAAAUCAGUUUGAGGCUCAGAAUUCGUAUGUGCAAAGUGUGGGUGAAAAUAACUUGGACUUGAUUAAGAAAAUUCACAAAAACCUUGAAGCAAUAAGAAUUAUAGCCAAGGAAAACAGUGAGCUAACCAGGAUAACAGAGUCUCUCAAGGUGGAAAGAGAACAAUCCCAAGACACCAUAAGUCACAUGCUAAUGAGCGACCAUCAGAACCAUGCAAAGAGGUUACUAGAUGAUGGAGAACAACACAGUAUAGAACACCUUCGUGAAAAGUGCCUCAGGAUAAAAGAGCUCCUGAAAAAGUACUCAGAAAUGGGUAAUGAUUAUGAGUGCUUGAAUCAGUUCUCUCUUGACUUCGAGAAGGAAAUUAAAACCCAAAAAGAGCUGGCAAUGACUGUAAAAGCCAAGCUCUCACUUCCAUACUCAGAAACCAAAGAGAUUAAAAAGCUGCUUGCUGAGCACCAGAGAUGUUCCAUGGAAUUCAACAGAAUCCUGAAGAAACUUAAGUACGUGUUGACCUACAUUACUCGGCUGAAGGAAGAACAGCAUGAGGUCAUCAGUAAUGUCGAAAUGGCUGUCAUCCAGGAGGUGGAAAAGCAGAAUAAACUUCAGAUUAAAAUGCGGAGCUUUCAACAGGCUUAUGAUAUUCCAUCCAAAGACUUAGAGAACCUCAGACUGAGCCAGGAUAUGGACCGCCAUAUUGGGGAGAUUCUCAAAGAUUUUUCAGAAAAUGACUUCCCCACCAUAAAAACGGAAUUCCAACAAGUACUAAGUAAUAGCAAAGAAAUGACUCAGUUUUUAGAAAAGUGGCUGAAUACUCCUUUUGAUGCAGAGAAACUUAAAAGUGGCAUUCAAAAAGAAAACAACAGCAUCUGCCAAGUGAAUAACCUCUAUAACAGCAAAGUAAUUGCCAUGAUAAAUGAGUCAACAGAGUUUGAGGAAGGAAGUGCUGCCAGAUCCAAAGAAUUGGAACAUUACCUGAAAUCACUGAAAGAAAAGACUGAACAGCUAUCUAAAGACUACCAUGCUGUGACCGUCUCCCAGUCCGCUGCCCAGGUUUAUCCUACUGCACAUUCUUCUACACAGUAUGGUAAAAAUCCUCAUGUCACAUCAGUAGGUGAACAACUAACAUCAGAGAAAAUUCGGGAGCUGGAAGCCUCUUUACGAGAAGCUAGAGAGAAUGCCAUCCAUAAGGAAGGCCAGAUGGCAACAGUGAAGAAGGAACUGGCAGCGACCAAGGACUUAGUAGCAGAACUCCAGAGCCAAGUUCAUGAAUCCAAAAAGUGCCUUGAAAACACACAGGCAACAAUACAAACACUUCAGGACAAAGUUGCCUUAGGAGCUCUGCCCUAUAAAGAAGAAAUUGAGGAUCUCAAAAUGCAGCUGGUGAAGACUGACCUGGAAAAGAAGGAAAAGGCCAAGGAAUUUGAAGUAGAAGUUCGUUCUAUAAAAGCCACUAUUGAACAUCAAAAAGAAGUGAUAAGGCAGCUGAGAGAAAAUCUUAGAAGAAAUCAACAAGCCCAGGAUACCUCAAUGGUAGCAGAACAUGACUCUCAGCCUCUGCGUAAACCCUUAACCUGUGGAGGCGGCAGUGGUAUUGUACAAAGCACCAAAGCUCUUAUUUUGAAAAGUGAAUAUAUAAGGAUGGAAAAUGAAAUUUCUAAGUUAAAGCAGCAAAAUGAACAGCUAAUAAAACAAAAGAAUCAACUAUUAAGACUCCAUUAUCAAAAUUUACUUUGUGUUGGACAUUGGUGGCCUUUAAUUCCAGCACUCAGGAGGCAGAGACAGACAGAUCUCUGUGACGACAAGUUUGCUUUCUGGCUUCAAGUGCUCCGUGAACUCCAUCUCGUGGAGCAGCCUUAA